AUGGAGGCCUCGCUACUGGCCGGACUCAAUCCUGCACAGCGAGCUGCAGUCACCUCAAAGGUACCUGUCCUGCAAGUACUCGCCCCACCUGGGUCCGGCAAGACUAAGACCUUGACUUCCCGAGUUGCUCAUCUGCUAGCACAUCGAGACUACAAUCCUCAGAAUGUCAUAUGCUGUACCUUCACGAUCAAGGCGAGCCGUGAGAUGCGAGAACGGCUACGCGCUCUCGUCGGGGAACAGCUAGAGUCAAAGCUCAUACUGGGAACAUUCCAUUCAGUAUGCCGACGAUACCUAGCAGCGUACGGAACCAAGAUAGGUAUAGCCAAAGGCUUUGGCAUUGCCGACUCGUCCGACAGCAAAAGCAUAGUCAAGAGAAUCAUCAAGGAGCACGAUAUCAAGCUCGAACCUCAAACAGCCAGAUCUAAGAUAUCCUGGAACAAGGCCCGGUUCCGCACUGUCGCCUCCCUUGAGGCAGAAUUGGCCAAGAGUAAAGAGCCAGCACAGAGCAAGCAAGAUAUGAUUACGGUCUUUCGCGAAUACGAGGACGAGCUCAAGAACAACAACUUGCUGGACUACGACGAUCUGCUCCUUCGGUGUGUCGACCUAUUACGAGCUCAGCCAACAUGUGUCGCAAACGUCGAGGCUCUCCUCAUCGACGAAUUUCAAGAUACGAACAUUGUGCAGUAUGAGCUCAUGAAGCUGUUCGCUUCUGCUCGCAAUCAUAUCACUAUUGUUGGUGAUCCCGACCAAAGCAUCUAUGGCUUUCGCUCGGCAGAGAUCGAAAACCUGAAAAGAAUGCAGGCUUACUACCGAGAUGCGGUAGUCAUCAAUCUCGAGGAGAACUAUAGAUCUGGUGGAGCAAUUCUGAAGCUGGCACAGGACGUUAUCGAUCAAGAUACAGCACGACCUGACAAGAAACUGAAGUCAACACACUGCCACGGUGCGCUACCCGUGUUGAGGAGGCUACCGAACUCAUUUGAGGAGGGCUUGUGGAUUGCAAGCGAAGUCAAACGCAUCAUCGCUUCUACUGGUGGCUUGAUCGGUCACGCCGAUAUUGCUGUGCUUAUUCGGUCAGGUUAUCUAUCUUCGAGAGUUGAAAAAGCCUUCACGAAUGCCGGCAUACCUUAUCGAAUGGUUGGUGGAACACGUUUCUUUGAUCGUGCCGAAAUCAGGUUGAUUGUCGACUAUUUACGGACGAUCAGCCAUCCGGACAACAAUGCAGCUUUCCUGGCAAUCAUCAACGUGCCAUCGCGGAAGAUUGGCGAGAAAGCGAUCGAGUCGCUUGCCAAGCUCAGUGAAGAGCAUAAGCUGCCGAUCUUUCGCGUUGUACAGAAGGUACUUGCAGGUAGCCUAGUGCCAGAGAAGAAGCUCUCGAAGCCCUCGGAGCAGGACCUGUCGCGACUGAUAAGCAUAAUCAACAAGGCACGCGACAAGAUGGAGGAUAUGCAGCCUGCUCAAGUUCCUAGCCGGCUAAUCGAGUACGUGGUCGAGGUCCUGCAUCUGCAGGCCUACCUCCAGAAGAAAUACAAGGACGACUACGAAGACCGCAUUGAGAACGUUCAGGAGCUGAUUGCUUAUGCCUCCGAUAUGACGGUCAUGUCAACGACCGAAACUCUGCCGACUGUUGAAGGGAUCGCGCAAGAGCAAAUCGAUCAGUGUCAAGAGGCUCUCGACCAAUUUCUAGCCAACAUCGUACUUUCUUCCGAGGUCGAGCAAGACGACAAGGACGACCCAAAGCCCCGUGUUACAAUCUCAACCAUACACAGCGCCAAGGGCCUGGAGUGGCCUGUGGUUUUCAUUCCUUCGGUGUAUGAUGGGUCGAUACCGCAUUCUCGUGCCGAAGAUACGGAUGAAGAGCGGCGACUUUUGUAUGUUGCUAUUACUCGAGCGCAGGCUUUACUCAACAUCUCGUUUCCCCUGAUCGGCUCGCGAGAUCAAGGGUUGAACGCUCACGAUCUGACACCAUUCCUGCCAGAGUCACUGCAUUACCGGACGGCAAACAAAGCACCACUGUUCACGGACAGCAUUAUUGCAGACAUUGCACGUAUACUGCGGCGUGAGACGCCUUCUCCAGCGGAUAUUGCACAGGGUGUGACAUCUAUCAGCAACUCCGAGUCACUGGAGGACGAUCGAUGGCCUCUCGAUGGCAGGCCAGCUCUUGGACCUGAACAAGACAUCAUGACAGGAGGCUGGAUUGUUGGGGCAGGCAGGUUGCAGCCUGCGGACAGCAGCUUCCAAUCUACACAGGGUAUCGCUAGUUACCAGACAACCAUGACAAGCUCAAGGAGUUUCUCUACCAGCAAUACAUCGAUGAAUGCAGGCUUCACAACAGCCGGCCAACAGAUGCGUUCAAUCAAUACCAUGCAUCAGGGUCAUACGCUGCAAGAUAGCCCAGCACCGCCAGCGCCAGCAACUAAUGCUCCGAGAGGCAUACAGAGCUUCUUCUCUCGUCGGCCCAGCGCUGCAGAAGCUGCGCGACAGGCUUGGAGCGCACGACCAAGUCAGUCUGCACCUGUGAGCGCCUCUAAGGGAGGAGGCCGGUCAGGUACACAACCCCAGUCUCUCUCGCAAUCGGUGUCGAAUUUGCCAACCAUGCCCUCAAUUAGCGAUCGACACGGAACCUCAGACCCGCAACAGCUGCUCCCACACUUGAGCAAUCAUCGUCUUCCAGCCUUCAACGCAAUGGGUCGAGCUGCCGCUCCUGGCCGUGUGCUCACGGGCCAGACAGGCUCAGUGGGUGUCAAGCGGCCCCGACCGCUUCCAUUAGAAGAGCUCAGCCCGAACCGUUCAAAGCGAGUGUACCACUUUCUCUCAAGCAGCCCAACUCAAGAGCUAUUCGAUGAAAAUGGAGAAGUUACAAUCGGAACGAAAGAAGAUUUUGACACAGCUAUGAAAGUAGGCAAGCAGAACACGCCAUCAUGCGGAACAAAUUCACACCCGGGUGGCAGCACUAAAGAUUCCGGUACUGAGCGAGGAGGACCUGCACUUCAGAGACCACCUGUCGACCCUAGGAAGAGGCAGUUGGGAGUGCGAGGCUCUUUUGUGCCGUGGAAUGAGCGAAAGCGCAAGUAG